AUGCCGUGGUUUAACGUUGGCUUACCUGAUUAUUUAAAACCAUUACCAGACAAUGAAGUAGAUCAUUUUACUGAAAUCGACAAUAAUAUUGUUACCGAGCUCGUUAAGAAAAUGGGUUUCAGCAAGGAUGCAAUAGUCCAGACAUUACAGGAACCAGAAAACAAUCAAAUCAAAGUUGCCUAUCAACUCGUCGUCGACCAUAAGAGGAUGUUAUCUGCUGGUAGAAUGCAUGAUCAAAAUAGCAUCCAAAGUUUUCUUGCACAAUCUCCACCUUCAUGGGAUAAUCUUCAGCGUUCCAAGGAAAAGGCUAGAUUAGCUGAGGAAGCUUAUGAGAAUUCUUCCAAUAUAACUUUACUUAAUUCGAGUUUGCCCACUAGUGAAGAUUCUCGGACUUCGAUGGGCAGUCAACACCCGGGUUCCUCCAACUCUUCCUUUCCAACCAAGCGGAAUAAACCGAGAUCAAAAUGGCAUUUUGGAAUUCGUUCACGAAGUCCUCCGUUAGAAGUGAUGUUGGAAAUUUACCGUGCACUUAAAAACAUUGGGAUGGAAUGGAAAACCAUUGAUCCUUUUCACAUUCGGUGUAGAUACACAUACGACUCUGGAUUGCAAGUCAAAAUUGAUUUGCAAUUAUACAGAUUAGACUUAUAUAGUUAUCUUGUCGACUUCAAAAAUGUUGGCUAUGAUGCACCCUCAAUCAUUGCAGAGUCAGUAGCAUCGUCAUUCUCGUCGCCAUAUCUCAUAUCGCGAUCGGAAUCUGAAAUUUCAUCCAUAUCAUCACACAAUCAUGAAAAUACGGUGCCAUCAAAUUUCGAAAAAAAGGAAACCGCAGUCUCAUUGCCUUCCAGUUCUUCAAAUGGUUUGCAACGACAGGCUGAUGGCGGCAAAGAUGUGACAUCCAUGUAUCCGUUUUUUGAUGUUUGUGCCAAGUUGAUAACAGAAUUGGCGAUAUCCUCGUAA